AUGGCCAAUCAAGAGGAUAAUUUGGACAAUAAGGAGAUAAUAAAUGUUGCUUCUGCAACUCUAAGAAGCCCUACCUUUUGGCCACAAAAAGUUGCUUUGUGGUUUCAGCAACUUGAAGCGCAGUUUGUUAUCGGACGUAUUACCAAAGAUGAAACAAGAUUUGGUUACCUGAUCGCCCAGUUAGAUGGGAAAUAUGCUGUUGAAGUGGAGGAUAUUAUUUGUAACCCGCCCGAAAUAAACAAGUACGAAACACUUAAGGCGGAGUUAAUAAAAAGACUAUCCGAUUCGGACACAAUGAGAAUCCGGAAAUUAUUGGAAACCGAAGAAAUUGGCGAUCGGACGCCAACUCAAUUUUGGCGCCACUUAAAAGACCUUGCUGGCUCCGCGGUGAACGAAGAGUUUCUCGUCAAAAUUUGGAAGAAUCGCCUUCCUACUAAUACGCAGCUUGUUCUUGCUGCGACUUCCGAUAAAGUGGGAUCCAAAUUGGCAGAAAUCGCGGAUCGAGUGCAUGAAAUUCCGGCAGCCCGCCAUAGGAUAGCGUCCACUUCGGCGUCUACAACAUCUACGACGAGUUCGCAGGAGAUUCAAUUGCUCCGCGAAAGUUUAGAGCAGGUACAGCUGCAAUUAAAGGCUUUGACCGAAGAACGUUGUAGUCGGAAACCAUGGAGGCGUUUCAAGUCCCGUGAGCGGUCAGGCAGUAAAAAUCGGCAGCGAUCGAAUAGUGUACCGCGUAAUUUGUGCUGGUAUCAUCACAAUUACGCCGAAAAAGCUGCGAAGUGUAUACCCCCGUGUUCGUGGUCAGGUCCGAAGCCGGGAAACUUGUAG